AUGUUUUGGGUUUAAGCAAUAGCAAGUCCUUGUAUAUUAUUAGUCCAUAUAAUUUGGGUGUCUAUUGAUUUGUUCUUAACUAGAAGAAAAAUGAUAGAAAAGAAACUUGAAGUUGGACUGUAAGCAAUGACAAAUUAUAUCUUAUGUAAAUGAAUGAAUAAUUUAAUAGAAAAUACAAUAUUUAAUUAUUUAGAUUCAUUAGAUUUGAAAAUAGUAGAUGCUCCUUCAAGAAAGAACACAAAUUCUCCUUUAAGAUCAGAAUCUAAAGAAUAAAAGGAAUUGAAAAAAUUGCAUGAAUAUGAUGGAACAAUAAUUUGUAAUUGUUACGAUUGUUUUUGUGAGGAAUGUCCUUGGGAAAGAAAAUGUAUGUGUGAUUGUUGUUAUUCAAUUGGUUAAUGUUGUACAACAGUGUAAAAUAAAAUUUUGGAAUCUCUUAAAUAUAUAAUAUUCUUUUUAACAAAACCUUACUUUUACAUAAUUUUGAAUUCUUAUUUUUGGUAUGCUGAGAGCAAUGGAGCAAUAUUAGUGCUUGGAAUAUUUUUUAAUAGUUUAUAAUUUUUUGUACUUUUAUUCGCUUUUUCAUUUUUGUCAACAAAAAGAGAAAUGAUGAGAUUGGAUAAGAGUAAGGAAGAUGAUAGAGGGUUGCUUUUAUAUCAUCACAUUAGAAAAGCAAUAAUUUUUACUUUCUUUUUAAUACUUCUAUUUAUUUUUUUUGGAGUAGCUAUAGAUCAAUUACUUUUUAAGCAUUAGAUACUUUAAUAAAUUCCAUAAUGUAACAAAGUUUUUAUAAUAUAUAAUAUUAUGUUUUUAUUUUUUGGAAGUGCGGUAUCUGUUUUACUGAUGAGUUACAAUAAUUGUUUGAGUAAUGAUUUAAUUCAAGAUAAUGAUAAUAUACUUAAGGCUUAACAAAGAUUAUAUAUAAUGUAGAACAAUUUGAUAAAAUACUUUCCAAGUGAAGAGUAAUUUUAGAAGUAUGUAGUAGAAUGCAAUUUUGAUGAUCAAUAAAUAUCAAGAUUGAUUCAUGAGAAAUGUUCUGAAGCUAAAUCAAAUUUAUAGUUAUCAUUGGGUGCUAAUGAUAAACAGUAAUUUAAAAAGAUAAAAAAGAAUUUAGGAUAAAGUAAAUUAAUAAUAGGUAGUUUGGUGUUUUAUUUGUAUCUCCAAACAUAUUUAACAUUGUUGGCAAGUUUUGGUUUCUUUUUGAGUUUAGGUAUAAAUAUUACAAAUCCACAAACAGAUGAUUGGAAGAACGUAUUUAAUAAUAUGAUUUGCCCUAAAGAUUGCACUACUAUCAACUGGCUCUAUGUAUGUGAAAUUUGCUUAUUAAGUUUAUAAAUAGCAUAAGCUUUAAUUUUACCACAUGCAUUGCCUUACUUAUUUAUAAAAAAAGAAUUGUUUGGAUAAGAUUAUGGUGAAUGGUAGUAAUAAUGA